CACUUUCUAGUGAACAUGUCUGUGAUGAUGGAAUCUAUCUUCUUGAGAAUGGUGAGGAUACUUUAAUAUAUUUUGGAAGCUCAGUGGAUUCAAGUAUCUUGCAACAACUUUUUGGCUUUACCUCAGUUGACGAAGUACCCACUCAGUUUGUGAUGCAGCAAUUUUCCAAUCCUUUAUCAAAGAACUUCAAUGAUGUAGUCAAUGUGAUUCGCCAACAAAGAUGCUCCUACCUUCGCUUCACAUUGUGCAAGAAGGGGGAUCCGUCAGGAAUGUUGUUCGUAUCUUGCAUGGUAGAAGACAAGAAUGCAAAUGGGCCAUCUUAUGUGGAGUUUCUUGUACAUAUUCAUCGGCAAAUCCAAAUGAAAAUGUCUUGAUAAGUUUCAAGCUUCCUCAACAACAGGUAUUCAAUUUUGAUUUGGGAUUUUGCAUGAAGAAGAAUCCGAGUGGCCUCCUACUCGGAGUUUCUUGUACAUAUAUUGUGCGGCGAUUGGAGGGAAAGUUUUACAGAAUGUUUUAUGCAUUUUACAGUUGGCUUCACAAGUAGUGAUGGCACUUGGAGAUCAAAAGCUGCACACAAACAUUGUAAUUUCAUAUCUUAUAUCAAUUAUUUAUUUCCUGAAACCCCAAUUUUGAGCUAAACAAACGUUCUUAAUUGUACCCAACUUUGGCGCUGAGGUACUUGAAUUACUAAUAAUGCAAUUAUUUUCGGUUUUUGUUA